CUUCAUCCAACAACCUUCCCGGCCGUCUACGUACGCCACUUUCUUUUUUCAGCCCACAGUCCCAAGGCUCAGGAAGCCUAGGUGCUCGGAGCUGCACUCUAUCUCUCACCCUUUCGCAUUUCCUAUUUAUCGGCCAAUACCACAUCAUCUGAUUGGGGACAUCUGCAACACCCGUCAAGAUGGAUGACCUCUUUGAGGUUUUCGAGGAGCAGCCUCGCGCCCAGAAGAAGCGCAAGGCCUCUCCCGAUGUCGAAAUGACCGAUGGAGCUGCCGCUGCCACCGCAAAUGCCGCCGCCGUCACUCACCUGCAAGCCCAAGCCGCCCCCGCGCCGCAAGAAGACAACAACAACAACAACAUCAGCACCGACCAGCCCACGACCUCCAACGGCGAUGCCGCUGCCGCUGCCGACGAUGUUCAGUCGCCUCAGAGCCCCCAUGGCCAGGGCGACAGCAAGCGCAGGAAGAAGACGGACGAGGCCGAGCCCAUCAUGACCGAUGCCUUCCAGACGGCAGAGUCCCGAGAGGUCACCGGCGCCCAGGGUUUCGCGCCCACCGAGGGCGAGUCCAUCGUCAUCUCCCACAACAUUCAGCAUCAGGUCGCCCUGCCCCCCGAUUUGGACUACGAGUAUAUCCCCCUGUCUGAACACAAGCCCCCCGCCGAGCCCGCCCGAACAUACUCCUUCAAGCUCGAUCCCUUCCAGGCCCUGUCCGUCGCCUCUAUUGAGCGCGAAGAGAGUGUCCUGGUUUCCGCCCAUACCUCUGCUGGUAAGACGGUCGUUGCCGAAUAUGCCAUCGCUCAGUGCCUCAAGAAGAACCAGAGGGUCAUCUACACGAGUCCUAUCAAGGCUCUUUCAAACCAAAAGUACAGAGAUUUCCAGGCCGAGUUUGGCGACGUUGGCCUCAUGACUGGUGACGUUACCAUUAAUCCCACAGCCAGCUGUCUCGUCAUGACCACCGAAAUUCUGCGCUCCAUGUUGUACCGUGGUUCCGAAAUCAUGCGCGAAGUCGCCUGGGUCGUCUUUGAUGAAAUUCAUUACAUGCGCGACAAGAUCAGAGGUGUUGUCUGGGAAGAGACCAUCAUCUUGCUUCCCGACAAGGUCAGAUACGUCUUCCUCUCCGCCACCAUUCCCAACGCCUUCCAGUUCGCUGAAUGGAUCGCCAAGAUCCAUCGUCAAGCCUGUCACGUCGUCUACACCGAUUUCCGUCCCACGCCCUUGCAAAACUACUUCUUCCCCGCCGGUGGCAAGGGUAUCCUCCUCAUUGUCGACGAAAAGGGCAAUUUCAAGGAGAACAACUUCAACCAAGCAAUGGCCAUGAUCGAAGAGAAGAAGGGUGCCGACCCCAACGACUGGAGUGCCAAGCAAAAGGGCAAGGGCAAGAACAAGAAGACGAACAAGGGCGGAGAGGCUGCUAAUGACAAGGCGGAUAUCGCAAAGAUCAUCAAGAUGAUUCUCAAAAGGAACUUCCAACCUGUCAUCGUCUUCAACUUCAGCAAGAGGGAGUGCGAGCAGAUGGCCUUGGCCAGUUCCAGCAUGAAGUUCAACGCCCCGGAUGAGGAGAACAUGGUUAACAAGGUUUUCGAAAAUGCUCUUGCUCAGCUGUCCGAGGACGACAAGAACCUCCCCCAGAUCGCCAACAUCCUUCCCCUUCUGCGCAAGGGUAUCGGUGUGCAUCACUCCGGCUUGUUGCCCAUCCUCAAGGAGACCAUCGAGAUUCUGUUCCAGGAGGGUCUUAUCAAGGUCCUUUUCGCCACCGAAACCUUCUCCAUCGGUCUGAACAUGCCUGCCAGAACCGUUGUCUUCACCCAGGUCACCAAGUGGGAUGGUCAGCAACGCCGCCCUCUUACUUCUUCCGAGUACAUCCAAAUGGCUGGCAGAGCCGGUCGUCGUGGUCUCGAUGACCGCGGUAUCGUUAUCAUGAUGGUCGAUGACAAGCUCGAACCCGAGACGGCCAGAGCUAUCGUUGUCGGACAUCAGGACAAGCUCAACUCUGCCUUCCAUCUCGGCUACAACAUGGUCCUCAACCUCCUCCGUAUCGAGGCUAUUUCCCCCGAGUACAUGCUGGAGAGGUGUUUCUUCCAAUUCCAGAACGCUGCGAGCGUACCGCAGCUCGAGCGUGAGCUCAUCAGCCUGCAACAGGAGAGGGACGCCAUCAUCAUUCCGGACGAGAGCAUUGUCAAGGAUUAUUACGGUGUGCGUCAACAACUGGAAGAGUACAACAAGGAUAUGGUGCAUGUCAUUCAGCAUCCCCAAAACUGUACUGGCUUUUUCCAGGAGGGCCGUCUCAUUCACAUUAAGAGCCCAAGUGGAGUGGACUAUGGCUGGGGUGUUCUGAUUAAACAUACCCAACGGCAAAACCCGAAGAACGGUCAGCCACCUUAUCCAGAGCAAGAGUCAUACGUUUUGGACGUUUUGUUGAAGGUAUCUGGCGAUUUCAACCCCAAGGCCCGUGGGGAGACGCCGAUGCCUGAGGGCAUCAUGCCUGCAGGAAAGGAUGGCAAGAAUGCCAGGUGGGAGGUUGUCCCCUGCCUUCUGAACUGUCUCAGGGCCCUUGGUCAGCUGCGUGUUUUCUUGCCCAAGAGGCUCGAAAGCGCCGACGAGAAGGACGGGGUGGGUAAGGCCGUUGACGAGAUCAGCCGUCGCUUCCCUGACGGCAUCCCUAUCUUGGAUCCUAUGGAGAACAUGGGCAUCAACGACGACAGCUUUAAGAAGCUGCUCCGCAAGAUUGAGGUCCUCGAGUCGCGUUUGGUGGCCAACCCUCUCCACAACUCUCCUCUCCUUGUUGAACUGUGGAACCAGUACAGCCUCAAGAUGAGCCUUGGCGAGCAGAUCAAGGAGAAGAAGAAGGCCAUUGCCCAGGCCCACAGCGUUGCGCAGCUUGACGAGCUCAAAUCUCGCAAGCGUGUCCUUCGCAGACUGGGCUUCAUCAACGACGCCGAGGUCGUCCAGAUGAAGGCCCGUGUCGCGUGCGAGAUCUCCUCGACAGAGGGUCAUGAGCUUCUCCUUGCCGAGUUGCUCUUCAACCGCUUCUUCAACGAGCUGAGCCCUGAGAUCUGCGCUUGCAUUCUCAGCUGCUUCAUCUUUGACGAAAAGAUCGAGACGCAGGCGCUCAAGGAGGAGCUGGCUAAGCCUUUCCGCGAAAUCCAGGCUCAGGCCAGGAUCAUCGCCAAGGUCAGCGCGGAAAGUAAGCUGGAUGUCAAUGAGGACGAGUACGUUCAGAGUCUCAAGUGGCAGCUCAUGGAGACUGUCCUGGCUUGGGCUCAGGGAAGGCCGUUCUCCGAGAUUUGCAAAAUGACCAACGUCUACGAAGGCUCGCUCAUCCGUCUCUUCCGCCGUCUCGAGGAGCUCCUCCGCCAAAUGGCCGAGGCCGCCCGCGUCAUGGGCAGCGAAGAGCUCAAGGACAAGUUCGAGCUCAGCUUGUCCAAGAUCAGACGUGACAUUGUUUCUUUCAACAGUUUGUAUCUGUAAAGAGGGAAAGAAGAGAUGCGCUCGAUGAGUUGAGUUUGAGAUAGGUUAUGCUUUGAUCAUGGCAUGGCGUGUUGAUACCCCCUACUACUUCGUAUUAGAAAUCGCUGUUUCAAAAGUG